AUGGACGUCGAUGCUAAGCCGGGCGAUCUCCGUCUGCUGGCAGUAUUCUGCAACCCCGAAGAGGAGGACCCCGGAUACGAUCCUCCAGGACCUGGCAGCACACCAUCAUACGUGGCCUCGCGCCCCGGCGCGCAGGUUGAGCUUAUGGAGGCCCCCGGCAUGGCUGAGCUGGCGGCCAAGCUGGAUGAAUUCAAGCCCACCAUGCUGUACAUCCGCGGCUCCCCUGGGGCGCCCCCAGACAACAUCAAGGGCCACCUCGCACCCAUAUACAUAGCAAACGGGCCAGGCUGGCUGACCACGGGGAUAUGA